AUGCUUCUUAUCACGCUCUUUCUCACUCUCUGCGCCCUUUCAACUGCCAUCCCCCAAUCCCCUCCUCCCAUCCCCAUCCCCACGAUCUUCCCACGCAUUCCACCCUACACACCAGAAACCUGCCCCGCCUUCACCCCCAUAACCCAAACCUACAUCACGACAAUCACGACAACGACACUCGUCUCGCGCCACUGCCCCAGCUUCACCACCCGCGUCGACGAACCUGCGCCUUGGUCAUCCUGCGCCUUCAAGACUGCGGAAUGCAUUCGUCCGGCGUGUCUGCAGAUUAGCACGAUCACGCAUCCGUGUAUUACGGAUAACUGUUGCACGCGCACGGCGAGGGAGACGGUGUACAAGGAGUGUGCGAAGAAAUGUCCUACGGGGUGUGCGACGAGCUGGACGGUUGCGAGUAAUUGCGCUGGCUCGUGA